UUGAACAUUAUUUUCAUGUGGAGAUUUUCUGCUUUUCUUCUCUUAUCAAAACUAUGUUACCAGAAAAUCUUAGAACUAUGUGGGGAUGAUUGGGAGGUUUUCCUACAUUAUCUAGGCUGUUUAUUUGAGGAUGACAGCAGUUGGUCCUGUGAAACCAUCAAUGUUUCAAUUAAUCCCCCAAAAUUUGUGGAAUGCAAGCUUGCUCACUUGACAGAUGAAGUGUUCGAUUCUUGUGUGGAAAAUGCAUCAGCAUUUGUACAAAAGUUACAAGCAGAAACUAGUAAUGAUUCUUUAAGAAAUCCAUUCCUGGCACAUCUUGAAAUUGAAAGGAGGAAAUGCCUGUUUAGGAAGAACAAUGAUGAUUUAAUGUGGUGUACUAUUAAGAUUAUAUCAAUUAAACCUACAUAA